CUGCAUCAGCCAGUAGUCUCCUUAGUCGCGCGCGUUCUGCUCCUCCGUGCCGCUGUGAGAGACUCUCUUGUAUUUUAUAUAUCGUUUCGUUUGUUUUGCUUUGUUGCUGUCUAAAGAAGAGCCGAGAGCGCGAGUGUGCAUGUAGGUAUACAGCUAUGCUGAGAGUUUACGAGGGAUGCUGGGGGAGGCUCGUUUGAAUUUCCCGCGCUUUUUUUAGGGGAAAUUUCUAAUUUGAAUUUUUCGAAACGAUGUACUCCCGGCGCGGACCGGUAAAGUUGUGUACAGUGUAAAUUCAAAGGCUCGGUACGGCAGACGACUUUUUUCGCGGCUUACGAAUGCCUCGAUUUGAAUCCGUAAUGCGCGCGCUUGACACGGGAGCGAAAGAAAAUAUUGACGCGAGCUCGAGAAGUUGUGCGCCAAUCAGCGACAAAAAUCCAAAGAUUAUUGAAAUCCAAUUCCGACACUCUAUAUAACCUCCGACACGUCGUUCGGACUUUUACACGCGCGCGUUUGAAAAAAAAAACACACUUCCAGAUAAAUCCGUAUCUGUCGCGUUCUAAGUAUAUAUUCAUCGUUAGAGAGAGAGAGAUAAGCUCGGAGUAACCGUCGCGACGUUAUAAUUGAAAGCUCUGUUUUUGCCGAAUUGGGUCGCGUUCGUACGCUCGCACAUUCACACAAUGUAAUUGCAAGCCGGCUAUAUUCCGAUAGUCGUUAUUUCUCGCCGCGCGAACCGCGAAAAGCUCGAUGAUUAAUGAACCAAUUACGGCGAAAAUUCAAACGAGCCCCGAAAGAAAAUUCCAUUCAAGAACUCGUACGUCACGCAGCGGCUUUUUUUCUGUUCGCAGUAUAGGGGAAUAAAAAACACGUGCGUGCAAGUCGAAAGUGUGACGCCGGCGCGGGAAUAUUCGAAUUUUCGCGCCUCUCUCUCUUCCCGAGUGCCGUAAAAGAGGAAACAAGUGCGCGUCAGUGAAAACAUAGAAAAAAAGCAGAGGUGGAACGAGACACGAGCUUUUCUCGCUGGAGCAAGGACAAAAAAAGGAGAGAAGCCGCCGGUGAGGUUGACCGAGAAAAUCCCCCGGAGAAUCGACGAUGAGGUACAAGGUGAACGACCCGGAGAGCCAAGCUGCCGAGGAGCCGAGGAGAAGCUCUCUGCAAGCUUCCUGGCAACAACAGCAGUACAGCGAACAGGAGCCGGAGAAGAACGCGAGGACGAAGGAAACGAGGCUGAUAAUAGUGGUGGGACUGCUGGCGGUGGCGGUGAUCGCUUUGGUGGUCACCUUGACCCUGCAGAUGGCCGUGUUCGCCGGCCAGGAGUACAAGGAGAUGUGCCAGAGCGAGGAGUGCAUAAGGACCGCGGCGCGAGUGAUAGAGGCCCUGAACAAGAGCGUCGAGCCUUGCGAGGACUUUUACAACUUCGCCUGCGGCGGUUGGAUCGCGAAGAAUCCGAUACCCCAGAGCCAGACCUCGUGGGAUCAGCUGAGCCUGCUGCGAGAGGAGCUGCUCAAGAAUCUCAGGAUACUGCUCGAAGAGCCUGACCGAGAGGACGAGCCGAGAUCCGUUGGUAUGGCCAGGGCUUUCUACAGGACUUGCAUGGAUACCGCGAGCGUCGAGGCUCUGGGACUGGAGCCGAUCUUCAGUGUCAUGGACCAACUGGGUCUACCACGUGAGCUUCCACAGGACGACGCUCUAGCGCCAGAGCUCGACGUUGCUCGACUCUCCGGGGCGGCGCAUCGACUCCUCGGUAUGAACCUCAUGCUCAACUUCUACGUCAGCGAGGACGUCAGGGACACUACCCGCAACCGGAUGAUGAUGGAACAAGUAUCGUCGGGCUUCAGCGAGCGCUAUCUGCUCGACCCGGAGCGCUUCCGCGCCGAGCUCGACGAGUACAAGAGGUACAUAAAGUCCAUGCUCGAGCUGAUCGGCGCUGGCGAGAGGAGCAGCGAAUUCGCCGAGGAGAUACUGGAGUUCAGCACGCAGAUCGCCAAGAUCCUCACGACACCGGAGGAGCGUCGCAGCGCCAACCACCUCUUCCACGACGUGACGGGCGACGACCUGCAGCAGCUGACCGACAUGCACGCCAUCCAGUGGAACUGGACGACGUAUCUCAACAGCGUGUUCAACCAUACGAACGUGACGAUAGCCCCGGCUGUGGACCGCGUGAUCGUCAUGGACCUGCAGUACCUGCAGAAACUGCCGCAGCUGCUCGCCGUCACGCCGCGCGCGACCUUAGCUCGAUUCGCCUGGUGGAGCGUGUACUCGACGGUGGCGCCGCUGACGUUGCAGCAGUUCCGGGAUCUGGGCUUCCAGUUCUCGCGCAAGGUCUUCGGCUUGAAGGAAAAGACGCCGAGAUGGAAGGGCUGCACUGGAAACGUCAACGCCGACUUCGGCAUGGCCCUCAGCUACGUCUACGUGAGGCGGCACUUUGACGAGGAGGCGAGAGAAAAGGCACUGAAGAUGCUCACGGACGUCCGGAUGGCCUUCGACAAUAUGGUCUCGGAGCUCGAAUGGAUGGAUGCCGGAACGAGGGCCCGAGCCCACCGCAAGCUCCACGCGAUGAGGCCCUUCGUCGGCUUUCCCGAGUGGAUCACCAAGCCGGAAAAGCUCGAUAAAUUUUACAGUGGGGCGGAGGUAGUCGAGGGCAAGCUGUUCGAGACGUUCCUCAAGCUGACCGACGUCGGGCUGAAGAAGAGCUUGAACAGCCUGAGGGAGAAGCCCGACAAGAACAGGUGGAUCAGCACCGGCACGACGGUCAACGCAUUCUACAGUGCCAUUUUGAAUUCAGUCACUUUCCCGGCCGGAAUCCUUCAUCCUCCGUUUUACGGCAACGGCCUCGAAUCCAUAAACUAUGGAGCGAUGGGCGCGAUAAUGGGCCACGAAUUAACGCACGGCUUCGACGACCAAGGUCGGCGAUACGACGAGAACGGCAAUCUGCGACAAUGGUGGAGCGACGAGACGCUCCAGCACUAUCACGCCAAAGUCGAGUGCAUUAUCAAGCAGUACAGCAGCUACCAUUUGCCGGAGCUUGGUAACAAUUUCACGGUAAACGGCAUCAAUACCCAAGGCGAGAACAUAGCGGACAACGGUGGUAUCCGCGAGGCCUACCGGGCGUACCAACGUCUCAGGUCGCGUAGCCCCAAUCAGCUCGCUUUACCAGGACUGGUCGACUACACGCAGGAGCAGCUGUUCUUCCUUGGAUUCGCUCAGGUCUGGUGCGGGAAUCACACGAGCGGCGCACUCAAGUCGAAACUGGUCGAGGGGGUGCAUGCGCCGAACCACUUCAGAGUCAUCGGUACGCUAUCGAACAAUGCCGAGUUCGCCGCCGCCUGGAAGUGUCCCGCCGGAACUCCCAUGAAUCCGGUCCACAAGUGCAUUCUGUGGUGACACCCUACUGCCAGCUGCCCUUUUCCUCGAUGGCGAGCAUCGAUAGAUAUAUAAUUGAUGAGCUGUCUAUAGACGUAUAUCUCUGCGACGUUCGUUUCGUCGAUCGAACUCUGAUGUUAUAUGGGUAUCUGUACUGGAUACAUAUAUAUAUGCUGACGAUGAUGGGAGGGUAGACCCGAGGGUUGGGAAUCAUAAUGGAGACAACUGCUGUGAUAGAAUUUUAUUAUAAAUUUUUAAAUCUUUGGGAAUUUAGAAAGCAGGGGAAAUUUUCUUGGCGGUCUACCCUCGUGACGUAUGUUGUAAUGUACCAACGGUUGAUGAUACAAAGUGAAAAAAAUAAAAAAAAGUCAAUUUUUGAUAGAUGUAGUUUUAGCUCUAAAAUUCACAAGUGCAUUUAAAUGGUAUACUUACCGAGUAUAUUAUAGAGGAUACAGUAAUUUUUUCCAAUCACUCAUGUGAAUAUUAUCAUAUAAAGUGAGGAUUUGUUAUUCUUUUACAGGACACGUAAAAGAAUUCAAAAUCGCGUGUGCGUACGUAAUACUUUUUUUACGUAUAAUCAAAAGCUGUACUUAUUUAGAACAAUAUUAACCUACUGGCGUGAAAUGUAAUUUUAUAGUCUAUGUUGAUUUAAUGAUUUUGACGAAAUUGACGCGUUACUUUUGUAUAAUCAUUCUUUGAGUGUUACCGAAUGCAUGAUUAGGAAAUAAGUUUUAAAUAAUUGUAAAUAUUUGCCAAACACCGAUCGCGAUCUGUGGUAUGUAAAUAUUGAUUAUUGCAACGAGACCUGUGGGAUAUAAACAAUUUAUAUAGAAUCUAUUAGGUGUUAGAAUUUUUAAGAAUCGAUUGUACGCUUUCUCCGAUAUUUCUCGAAUUUGAACGAAAUUUCUAAAUUUGCGUUUCUAAAGUUCGAUAUUCAGUAUUAAAUAAAUAUUUUGUACACCGGAACGAUGAAUUUUUGUACAUGUGUCGUUUUUUCAGAGCAUACAUUGCGCGCGUAACGAAAAUUGUUGAAAUUUAUAGUG